GCAAGCAACCUAAACGUUUGUUAUGCAUGUCAUCAGCCUGGACAUCUAGCCCGUGAUUGCCCUCACAGGCCUCCGCAACAGCGUAUCGGGGUCGCACCGAUGGUUGUGGCCCCCAUCGCUAAUGGACCAGGACGAGUAGGAGCUUUGAUGGAAGAAGUAGACGGUGGGGGGAGUGCCCUAGCCACCACGGAAGAGGCCGCCGAACUAAUCCCGUUAGAUCAGUACGUAUCACUUGGUUACCCCGAGCUUGGAAUGAUCGAAACGAUCAGACCAGCGCCAGAACAAAAAGAGGUGGCGGAGUGGCGACCUUCUCCAGGAGAGAUGGAGUCGGGAGGACCCACCUUCGUCACCGGGGAAAUCGAUGUGCUUAACAUCGUUCGAGCCUUAGACCAUCGGAUUCCACUCUCGAUCGUUCAUUUGCUUUCGAUCUCAGAACAAGCUAAUGAGCAAAUGCUACAGCACUGCGAGGCGAAUCGAAAACGAUUCGCCCUCGCUCGAACACCGAAUGUAAAGGCCAAAAGCCCAUCACCAGAAGAAAAUAUGGCGGGUUCGUCGGAUCCAAUACGGGUAGGAUUAAUACAAAAAGACGAUCAUUUCCUACAGAUUAAACCCAUCCCGUGGAAAUUUGCGGAAUGCGAUAUUGAAAUAAGGGGAAUUCCGUACAAUGCAAUCAUCGACUCGGGAGCCGCUGUUUUGGCUACCUUGCUGAGAGUGGUCGAAAGGGCAGGUAGGAAAAACGAUCUAAUCAUGCUUUCCGAGAAAGAUCAGCUCGUUUCGGCGGACGAAGAAAAGAUUAAAACAGUGGGAAGAAUGACCAAUGUCGCCUUUCGACUAGGGAAGGUGCAUGCACUAGGAGAUGUUGUCGUGCUAGAUGUGAAUACCUACGACGUUCUUUUCGGACUUCCUGCUCUAGUGGCACUACGAGCAAACCAGGAUUUCGAACGACGAUCGAUCGUCCUCCGAAAUACACGAGGAAAGCCCUAUGCGGUGCCUAUGAAACUAACCCUUCGUACCACCAUCAACGCAGUCCCACGGGUUUCGCUGAUGAUGGCAGGGACUCUCCGCAUGAUCUCCUGGGAUGAAUCCGCAGAUGGAAAGUCGUCAACGAAUGAUGCGGACAACAGUGAUGAGGAUGACCCGGAGAUCUCGAAGCUAGCACCACAGUGUGUUUACUACCCGCCACCCAGAACGAUAGCAAGAACGAUGCAUCUGACCAGUAGGAAUGUCCAAAGGACCAACGCGAUGAUCUUGGGUGAACCCCUCGUGCAGAUUUCGAGGAUGGUCGGUUCUUUGAAGAUUUGCAACGUGCCUGCCACGUUUCAGCGAGCGAUGAACAUGAUAUUCCAGAACUUCGUCAACAAGACGUGGCUGACACAGGGGAUGAUCAACUUCUGCGUGAUCGUAUACAUGGACGAUAUCCUUGUCUACUCAGAGACCUAUCACGGGCACGCGCAACACAUCGAGUGGACAUUGGGAGCGCUGAGAGACGCUGGGUUCAAAAUCACGCUCGAAAACAGCGAAUUUUUCCUUUCGAAAAUUUCGUUCUUGGGCUAUGUCGUGACACGUGGAGGACUGCGGCCGAACUCAAGAAAGGUUGCGGCGGUAAGAGAAGCCCGAGUUCCCACGUCGCUGACGCAGGUUCAAGCCUUCUCAGGGUUGGCAUCGUACUAUCGUCGCUUCAUCAAGGGUUUCGCCGCGAUUGCGCGACCACUAACGAACCUGCUGCGGAAGGACAAAAGUUUCACCUCGAGACAUCACCGCGAUUCCGCCGGAGAUUCACUCCGACAUCUAUCAGACGUUGCGCGUCUGGGCUGGGGAAGUGCGGACAGUGUGGACCGAUCUCCUGGCUCGGCGAGGAGACACCGGCGUGCCGGCGCACGACACGGACCUCCAGCUUCGCUCGUUUCGAAGCUCGCCAGCGAUCGUGCUCCCGGAGCUUCGUCCCUUCGCGUCGCCCCAAUGAGUCAUCGUUGCGUCUCCUACUUCGGCCUCCCCUCCAGCAUCCCCACCCUUUGGCAGUCUGUGCAGGCUCCUACUCUCUCCUACCGUGUUAAGGAGAACAGUGCGCCGCUAUUGAGCGAGGAAAAGUGGGACACGUGGUGGGAGGACUAUAUCGAGCUCGCCUUCUGUCUAUUAGAGAUAGAGUUCCGUUGGUCAGAAGCGGCCCCGUUCGGAGAAGGACCAGAGCACCCAGAGGACAGCGUGGAGCUUUUGAUCAUCCAGGCCUGGAGAACGGCGGAGCAAGGUGACCUGCUGGGAAUCGUAUUUGGAAAGGCGGAGGAAGGUAAUCUCGCCUUGAUCACAGACGAAUUGCUGGUGUUUCUGACUCAGCUCAUGGACGAUCUGCCCCUGGACAUCUUGUCGCACAGUGACAAGCAGCCUGACACCCACAUGCUGUCUCGAACGCUCGAGCCGCACCUUGUGCGGUCCACGUGUACGGAGAUUGACGAGGACAACUGUCUCUAUCCUUCCCAGGCGCUCUACCUGGAGAUCGACGUUACCGAUCUCACGUUUUGGGACCCGAUUGCGAGGCAAAACGCGGCGCAGGACGAGGAGAUAGGGGGAGCAGGCGAAGAGGAGGAAGAGGAAGAGCCAUCGAGCGAAGAACGAGACGAUCCAGACUACGUACUGGAAAGCGAAGCAGGAAUAGCCGACGAAUCGAGCCAACCGCGGAACGAGGAAGUAGAAGAAGGAAACGAGCAAGCGGAGUCGGAUUUCGAAGGAUUCGAGGCUGAAGUGCGCGACGCGGCUCGAGAAAGAGCGCAAGAGCACAGAAAGCGAAAGCGCCAGGAGACCGCGGAGGGAAAGCGACCUGCGACAAACGAUCCGUCGAUCGGGGACCCAUGGCGUGAUCAGGAGCCGCCAGAAGAAGAGGACGAUGGAACCGGAGCGGAGGGAUCACGAAGCGGAAGAAGAAGAAAAAGUGAAUCGCCAGUUUCUUCCGGCUCCCCGUCUCGAUCCUCCAUUCGUUUACAUCAAGAUCUCGGCGUUCGGGUUUCGUCCCCGGUCGUUCUCUCGCCGACCCCGUGACUACCUCAUGCUUACCCGUCUUCCCGAUAAACCCCCAUUCCCCGA